UAUCUGUAGUUGGCAGCCCGUAACAACAUAUCUUAUUGAAUAUAUUACUUUUUUUUUAGUGUAUAUACUUACAAUUUGCAGUUUAUAAUUAUCGAUAAACAUACACAAUGUAAUUUGUCGUAAUAGAUUUUAUGAAAUACAAUUUUGCCACAUACAAUAUAGACAUACAAUUUUUAUAUAUAUAUACACACAUUGUUUGGUUUAUCGACUGAAUAAUCUCAGAUAGUACUAAUUGGCGGCGCUGUCGCCAUUUAAUAUAACACAUUUAAUAUAAGGAUUCGGGGAGUCGAUUUGAAACCAUGGACGAGAUAACAUAAUUUCAAGUUAUAUAGAGCCAAUAAAGUUCUGGUUGAACCCACCAGAUUUCCAAUUAAUUCAACAAGACUCGGUUUUCAGCGUGAUUAUUCGAUUUGACACGUCUUCCAGCGAGCAGUGGAAAAACCGGCUGAGCCACGACAUUUCUUUCGCGACCUGGAGAAGGAAAUGCGUUUACGGCGGUAAAGUACAUCGUCGCGUCGUAAGAGAAAGGGGAACCCACUAUCCACGAGUGAACGUUGCCGCAGACUUUAUUCACUUCAUUCAGUGCGUGAUCCUUAGUCUGUCAUAUGUGCGGGCACCUUCUUCAUUGCUGUGUGAGAAUCUCCUGUAGUUUUUCUCCGUGUGUUCGCUAAUCAGUGAAAACAACGUGCACGCGAAUUGCGGAGUGCUGAGAUCGGAUAGACUCUCCACGUGCGAUUCGCGUUGUCUUUUUCGAAGACUUAAUUAGUGAAACACGUCGCGACUGAUGAAUAUUAUUUUAACAUCAAAAUUUUUCAAGAGAAAUAAAAGUUUACAGAGAUAACUGCUGCACUAUUAAAAUAUUAUAAAAUCUUAGACAAAAAUACAUUUUGUCAAAUGCGUUGUUUAUUGACUAAACAAUAUAUAAAUAUUCUACGCAACACUAAAAUAGCAACUAUAUUUCUGUUGAUCAUCAUUUAUUGAUUACGACAAUCAACGGCAUUAAGAGAUUGGUGUAUCUAAACCAUUGGAGCAAAUUGUAGCAAAUCUACACGUGCUUGUUCGCCAAAAUCAGCACUUUAUGCACCACGAUUAAGCGUAAUUCCCUGAAUUCUGAACACUGAAUCGGAAUUUCCCGCAUUCACGUAUCUCUUCAGGCAUGCUCGUAAAUCCGGUUGAGUAAACACUCAGUAAACACAACGGCAUUGCAGUGACUUCCUAAGUGGAAUUCAUUCAUCGAAAGCUAAGAUGACGGGAUCUGGGGACCUUAACGACGGAAAUCGAUGAGCUCGAUCUCCCUUCUGUUAGAAAAAAAAAAAAAAAAUCUAGUCGAUCAUUUCGAGUGAAUUCUGCGUGGUGGAUUCUUUAAUAAUAAACAGAAGGAAGACAUGGCACGUCUGUUUGGUUACCUCCUCGUGAUCAUAUGCAUCGCUUACAAAGUGAUCGCGGAAAAAGAAUCAAACAUCCUCAGGCUGAGCAGAUUACAGAAUGGUGCUUCGAAUGAAACUAAAACGGUAAACCUUAACGUAACAGAAUACGCAAUGGAGAAGAAUGAAUCCGGCAAACAGUCGUCUUUAAUUGCCUUCAGCAAGAAUAACCCAGAGUUGGACUGGAAGAAUUACUUGAAGAUGUUCGACGGAAAUGAGGAGGAGCAUCGGGAUCUCGACGUCAAUUUUAUGAAGGAGAAACUCGAAAGAACAGCCAAUAGUAUACAAUGGCUCGCCGAUCUUUACGAUCCUCUGAGGUGGAUCAGAGUGCCGGGAAAACUUCAGAACGAGUGUCGAAGGGAUAUGGAAAGAUUUCUCAGUGCACUGAGAGACGGGAAACUUUGGGCGGCAAAAAUGUCGGACGCGAGCGGCCGCUACUCCUCGCAAUUUCACUUUGGUAAUGGCUUCUGGCUGGGCUCGAUCACCCUCUGUAAGGAGCUCAAUAACACCAACGGAAAAAAUAUAAUGACCGUCGAGGAACGGCCACCUUUUUCCCUGAGGUUUCACGUUGCGAGAUUGUACCUAAAUCUCCCGAAGGAGGUCGACUUUUCGACACGUCAGGUGUUUUUGGGUCUCUGCCUGCCAGCUACAUGCGAUCGCGCAUCCCUGACCUCGAUGCUAAGGGCCAGCGCUGAUAGAGUCGAACGCGAGGGCAAUUCGACUUAUCGAUCGAGCGGCCCGAAAAUUCACGUUGUUACGGUGAAGCCCGUGCCAUCCAGCAAUUACUGCGCCUGGCAAGAUCCCAAAUUUUACGUCCUCUCAGCCAUUGGCGGGGCGAUACUGUUACUGAUGAUCGGCGCGACCGUGUACGAAUAUCGAUCUUACCCUCUCGUGAGGGACAUCGAGUCCUCGAGCGUGUCGAACAACAAUGACAAAAUCAACGACUUUUUGGACAAGAAUCUGAAUCAGGACCGCAGGAUCUCGAUGGGACAGGAGAAUGACCAGGAACUGAUCGAAAAGGGGACGAAGCAAAAAGAGAACCCCGUUCAAAGGCAGGACUGCAGCACAGGAUUCUGGCUGAAACUCUUACUCGCGUUCAGCCCGACCGUCAACGGGAGCAGGAUCAUCAGCACCGAGCCCGCGGCCAAGGAUAGUCUGACUUGUCUACACGGCCUUCGCGUGUUCUCUCUGGGAUGGGUUAUCAUGGUGCACACGUACAUUCAGGUCUUCUCCAUCGCUGAGAACAAGACAUUGCGAACGGUCACAGAAAGGAAUUUCAUGUUCCAGACCGUCAGCAACGCGACAUUUUCCGUGGACACUUUCUUCUUUAUUAGCGGCUUGCUGGUGACUAUACUUUUCUACCGGUCCCUGGGUAAUCUUAAUAUCGAGAAGGGCAAUUUUUUUAAGACGAGCUCCACCAAAUUCGUCAUCAUGAUCCUAUAUCGAUUCGUCAGACUGACACCGGCUUAUCUCUUUGUGCUGGGGAUAAAUGAAAUUGCUAUAAAGCAGGUCCAGGCGAAGACAGUCUUUUCACCUAUUAUUAUCGAUCAUCUGACCUGCGAAAAAUACUGGUGGCGAAACGCGCUAUAUUUGAACUCGCUGUAUCCGCGCACGGAAAUGUGCAUGCUGUGGAGCUGGUACAUGGCGAACGACACGCAGUUCUACGUCCUUGGGAUACUUCUUCUUUUGCUCUCCGUGAAAUAUUUCAAGACCGCGGUCGCUAUCGUUUCGCUGUUGAUCGUCUCUUCGUGGUUCACCACGUUCACGGUAGCCUACAGCAACGAUUACGUAGCCAGGAUCCAGGAGCCGUUCGCCCUGUUCGACGAACUCUACGAUAAGCCCUGGCUGAGAGCGGGACCGUAUUUCAUCGGCACGAUCAGCGGUUACGUCCUCUUCAAAACCAAGUGCCAGCUGAAGCUACCCGUGGGAGCAGAACUAAUCGGCUGGAUACUGUCCGCGGCCAUCAUGUUCUCGGUGGUGUAUGGCCUGUAUCCCGGAAAUUUGACGGUGAUACUGAGCUCCGUAUACGCUGCCUUGGGACACACCGCGUGGGCGAUGGCCGUAGCUUUUAUCGUAAUCCAGUGUUGCACAGGGUCAGCACGAAUGAUCGACAGUUUGCUAUCGCUCAGGCUAAUGUAUCCUCUGUCGAGGCUCACGUAUUGCGCCUACCUUGUGCAUCCUGUUAUCAUGAUGAUCACAACACAACAGAUGGACGGACCGCUGCAUCUCCACAAUGGGAUUGUGCUUAUCCUCUAUUUCGGCAACCUCGUAGCCUCGUACCUGCUGUCGUUUUGCAUUUCUCUCGCCUUCGAGGCGCCAGUGGUAACUUUGUUGAAAAUUGCAUUCACUUCGAAGAAAAGGGCAAGGUAGAAUGCGAUCGUGCGUCUGAUAGAAGGAUAAAUACGAUUAUCAAGCGUAGUAACGAUAUUGCUCCAAAUCUGAAUCUCAAAGCAAAGAUGAAAUACACACCGAAUACCUUUCCAGAGCGGAAAAGUUCAUCUUUAUUUAUGUGACUAUAGAUCAUUCUGACAUUCGAUAAAUCUUAACAAUUAUAUGAACAUUUAGUGAUAAUUUAUGUGAUGUAAUAAGUCUCAAUUCCGUGAUGUUAAAAUUCUUUUUUGCAAGCCAGAAAACUAAAUUUCCUCAUAAAUCAAUUUAUCAUUAUUAAUAAAAGGUAAAGGGGGGAUAAAACAUGAAAAAGGUUUAUAGAGAUUUGGCAAUUAAUCAUUCCGGAAAUAAAAUAAUUUUACGACGUAAAAAUACAUUAAAUUAAAAAUUAAAACAAAAUGACAUAAAUAUAAAGUUCCGUCAGUUUUUGUUGAGUCGAGGAAUUUUGAAUUUUGGGAGCAGUUUUAUUUGUGAUUCUCGUAGAGGCAACAGUAGAGUUGAAAUGACAUACACGGGAAUAAUACUUCUUCCGACCGGUAACGACUACGUAUGUAUUAAAUAACAUGACCUGCUAGUGCAAUAAUCUUUUAUUUACGUAGUGGCCAAGAAAAUGUUCUCCAUGUCCGAGAAAAGGACGAACCGUCGACAAUGCAAAUAUAAAAUUACGUAGCGUGUUAAGAGACUUUCCCUGUACACGACCGCGGAUCUAUCAUGUCUGCAUGUAAAUAAGGGAAAAAUCUAGCAGCUGUAAAUGUAUAAAGCAGCAUAUAAACAAUAACCAAGAGCGUUCAAGCAUGCACUUACGGUAUAUUGUAUGUCAAUCUUUGAUGUAAUUUUCUGUGUAAAAAAUAAAAAAAUAGGCUAUGGCAACGUUAAAAAA